AUGGCCUCAACUUCAGCUCUAUCAAUGGCGCUGCCGUUGCCCCGUGCCGGCCACAACAACGCCUUCCUCAAGGGAAACGCGCUCCGGCCCUCCAAGCCGGCCGCCCCGGUGUCCAACCCCGCCGCAACACUCCAAGUCAAAGCUUCCUUGCAGGAGAAGGCCGUGGCUGGAUUGACCGCCGCCGCAUUGACCGCUUCCAUGGUUGUCCCCGACGUCGCCGAGGCAGCCAGCAGCGCCUCGCCCUCUCUCAACAACUUCUUGCUCAGCAUCGCCGCCGGUGGCGUAGUGCUCACCGCCAUUUUGGGGGCUGUGAUCGGCGUCUCCAACUUCGACCCUGUCAAGCGGGGCUGAGAACCCUUUUUCUCUCUGUUUCAAUCGCAGAUGUAUCACUGUAUUACUUAAUAGACUAAAACUGUUCCUUCUUCAA